CUGCACAAACGUCGGAGCAUCAACCACAGGUUCAACUUCUUGGUAGGCUAUAGAGGGUUGUGAAGCGGUCUAUGAGGCGGACUGGUUCAGUUGAGAAAGUUGUGUCGAACAGUACAUAGUACGUGUUGUGUGCCUUCGUCGCUCUGCGUCUUCGCUAUACCCUGUGUGCGUCGUCCUCUCGGUUGUCGCGGUUCCCUUUUCGUCCUACAUAAGGGGUUUCCUUGGUGCGUGCGCGGUGUAAAUCCGGUCUGCAUAGUAGACCUAGCGCUCGUUUUCUCACGAGGGUUGGAAGCUAUUUGAAAUUUUAUCUUUCAUUUGUAACGGUCAUUUUUUGGAAGGGUACAGUUGUUGUAUUCGCUGGAAUUUCGCCGAAUUAGCAUGUGAUUUGUGUUGAAAUUUCGGUGUUGAUUAUACCGUGUCAAAAUUUCUUUGUCAAAAAUUUGAUGGUGAUGAUUUGUGGCCUGAAAUUCAUCCCUUGUGUGGUCGCUGAUAUUCUGUGACAUAGCCCUGUUAAUAUCAGCAGUUUUGGUGUAUCCAUCAACCGUCUAUGGAAUUUGGAAUGCGCGUUAUUGCUGGAAUCAGAAAACAAAAAUAGCCAAAAACAGAUUUUAAUCUGUUAAACGCCAGCAAAUGCUUAAAAGAAACUCGUGCCAUAUUCAAAACCCCCAUCAAUUGAAAAUAUCUUAAGAAAGCAAACACGAAAAGCAUAUCUGUGAUUUUAUUACGUAACUUUGAGAUUACACUGUAAAUUUCGCAAUAAUUCUUCAAUUCUCUGCUUAUAACAACAUAAUUACAACACGUGGUAAUUUCGGUUGCCUUUGUGAGCGUUAGCAUCUAAAAAUAUCAUCCCGGUGCAUUAAAAACUCAGGGAAUAAGGUAUUUACCCUGAAGUGCCAAAAGGUCACUUGCACAUUCAGGAAGGAACAAAGUAACAAAACAUCUGAGGAAAGCAAGAGGCAUUAAAUCAGGACUGAAACCGAAAGAUUUUCGCUUAUUAAAAGACCACGAAUUCCUUGAAAAUCUCAUUCAUCCUAAAUUGGGACAAAAAAACAACGAACACCAAGGACUUAAUUUUAAUAUAUCAUACACUCAAACGAUUCCUUUUUCUUUCUGUAAAAAAACAAGGAUUUUAUGAAAGAAAAUGGGAAACUCUUCGUCACAUACACAUGAACCACUUGAAAGAGGGUUCACACGAGGAACAUUUGGUGAUGUGAAAAAUACGAAAUCAGCAUCAUUCCGUUUUAGUAAACGAUCGCCCAAAAAAAUGGAUCGUUUACGAAGAUCUUUUCGAGAUUCAUUUCGGAGACGAAAGGACCGUGUUCCUGAAUCAUCGAAACCACAUCAAUGGCAAUCGGAUGAACAAGCCGUUCGUUCGGCAACAUGUUCUUUUCCUGUUAAAUAUUUAGGCUGUGUUGAGGUUUUUGAAUCGCGGGGUAUGCAAGUAUGCGAGGAGGCACUGAAAGUAUUAAGAAACUCACGUCGACGUCCGAUUCGUGGACAACUCCAAGUAAGCGGUGACGGUUUACGAGUUUUCGACGACGAAACCAAGGGCCUAAUUGUUGAUCAGACUAUCGAGAAAGUAAGUUUCUGUGCACCAGAUCGGAAUCAUGAGCGUGGUUUCAGCUAUAUAUGCCGUGAUGGAACUACGCGUCGAUGGAUGUGUCAUGGUUUUCUGGCGACCAAAGAUUCCGGGGAGCGUCUAUCACAUGCUGUGGGUUGUGCAUUCGCCGUAUGUUUGGAGCGAAAACAACGACGCGAUAAGGAAUGCGGGGUUACAAUGACUUUCGACAUGAAAAAUUCUACUUUCACUAGAACUGGAUCGUUCCGUCAACAAUCACUCACUGAACGUUUUGUGAAUAGCGAACGUGGCUCUGAGAUUGGAGGACAACCACCCUCGGCUGCUGUACAGCCUCAACAGAAGCCAUUUAAUCCAUUCGCAAUCGAGAGGCCACACGCAACACCUUCAAUGCUUGAGCGUCAGGGAUCAUUUCGAGCAUUUAGCACUAUUGGUAGUCAAUCCCCGUUCAAACGGCAGCUGUCCUUGCGUAUCAAUGAUCUUCCGUCCAAUGCUGAGCGGCAGAAAGCAUUCCUAGGAUCAGGCUUAGAUUCUAUUACUACUCCGCAACGUGUGUCGCCAAUUCCGGAAAUUUCACCUCAGAAACACGGGGACACGGUUAGCCAACUUUGCCAAGAGCUGAGCAAAGGUCUGACGAUUCUAACGCAAAACGACAUUGAUGAUAUGAACUUCAAUAAUAAAAUGAGCAUUAAUCAAAACAUUUCCGAUCUUUCUCCGACAUCGCCUAUUUCCCCGACCAAUGGCAUGAUAACUUCACCUGUGACUCCAACAAAUGGUAUCACUCCAGUUGAUCGUAUUGUUACACCACCAACAGCUCAAGUUUCUCCCCGAUCACGGAUCACAACAGCAGUUGUGGCAUUAUCCGGCCCCGUAACUAAUUCAGUAACUAGUGCUGUAACUCCAAUAGUAGCCAGUACAGCGAUUCCAAGCAAAACUUCACCACAACGUGCAGCCGUUCCAGUAAAUACCACAGAAGCGCUUCCCAAUCCCGAUCAGUGGUUGGGUCAGGUGGUGAAAAGCACUUCCCCAUCGCCUAGACGUGCACCAGCUUUGGUGGCACAUGGUCGAACAAAAUCACUUAGUUCCGCCCCCGAUCGUGAUCCAUUCGAUGCCGAGUGGGUUAGUACUGUGACCAAAGUUACAGCUGGGGAGAGAAACACAAAUCCUUUUAUAUCUCCGCCAAAACCACCGGCUCAAUCGUUUCAAGUAGAACUGUAAUUAAUUGAAAUUUACUUAAUAUAUAUUAAUCUAAUUUAAACGCGUAGAUACGAUUAUUACACUAUUAUUGUAUAUGAUAGAUUCUACUUAUAUUAAUGUGUUUUUGUCGCCAAUCAACAAAUUUUAUUUGUUAAUAUUAAUAUUAUCUAAUAUAUACAAAAAGAAAUGUUCUUUCCACUCACUUUUGAUUUACAUUUGUACAAAAUGUAUUAUACGCAGAAAAAAGCAACCAGCAAAAAUGAUGUAUUAUAUUAUUAUGUUUUAGCGAUUAUUAAGUUUAGAUAUCGAUAUAUAGUGCAGAUAGUGCGCGUACUGCAAUUAUAUUGUGGUAUUAGAUAGAAUGUGCGUUAUGUAAGAUAGAACAAUUGCAUAUACGAAAUUAAGUGAUUCACAUACUUAUAUUAUGGGCAAGGGAACAUUGCAGUUUAUUACUUUUUUCGAAUGCUAUUUUUAAGUGUUUUGGUUUCUUAUGUCAACUGUGAAAUGUAAUACGGCACGAGGGAGAUGUAGCCCUAGAAGGUCCUCAUUCGAAUCCUUAGGAAAUUGUCGGCUUUGCUUAACUCAUAUCAUGCUUCUGAGUUAUUUAUGUAACUCCAAAUCCGUGUAUAAGAAUUGGCACAUUGUUCCUUUCAAUAUGAAAAUUAUAUACUUAUUUUAUCUGAA